AUGAAGCUGAGCAUGCCUUUCUUCGGCUCGUCCUCCGGCAAGAAGCAGCAGGAGGUGAUCAGCAAGAAGAGGAAGGGAUCAAAGAGCGGCUCCUUCGGCUCCACCGCGUCCUCCUCCUCGUCCGACGAGUGCGCGUCGCCGUCCGCCGCCACGACGCCGCGCACCGUCCUCCCACUCCCAGUCCGAUCCGCGCCGUCGUCCUCCGGGGACGGCAAGCCGCGGCCGGCGGUAUUAGCCGCUACCGUGACGCGGGAGGACCUGGAGGUGGCGCUGCGCCGGGUGGUGCGGAGCGAGGCGGAGCUGGCGGCGGUGCUGGCGGAGGCGGAGGCGGCGGGGCUCGCGCCCGAGGCGGCCGCGGCGGCCGAGGCCGAGGACGAGGCCGAGCUCCGCGACGCGUUCGCGGUGUUCGACGCGGACGGCGACGGCCGGAUCUCGGCCGAGGAGCUCCGCGCCGUGCUCGCCUCGCUCGGCGACGAGGCCUGCUCCGUCGACGACUGCCGCCGCAUGAUCGGCGGCGUCGACGCCGACGGCGACGGGUUCGUGUGCUUCGACGAGUUCUCGCGCAUGAUGAUGCCGCAGGGGGGCGGCAGCGUGAUGCUUGCUGUCUGUCUUAGCUGUUGCUAG